GUGCUGUGCUGCCACUGAACUCCUCUACCAAACCAACCCACAACACAAACUCCCACAGCUGAGCUCCAACCCCCAAAACCCUACAGACCAUCUCUCCACUCCACCCAAAACAUUGCAGCAGCUCCCAGCAGUGGCAAUGGCCAGGGCCCCGACGAUGGUGAUCCAGGACGACUACAUCGACAUGGACCUCACCCCCUCCUCGCCCAAAUGCGCGCUGCUGGAGUUCGAGUUCCAGAGCGCGGCCACCGGCGGCGUGUCCAGGCACGACAGGGAGACCGCCUACGAGUCCCCGGCCGACGAGCUCUUCUACAGGGGCAAGCUCCUGCCGCUCCACCUGCCGCCGCGGCUGCAGCUCGUGCAGAAGCUGCUGCAGGAGCAGCAGGUGCGCGUGCCGGAGAUCAAGCCGGCGGCGGCGCCGCCUAGCGCGAGCGUGAGCGCGGCGGCGGAGGCGGAGGACGACAAGGUGGGCGCCAAGAAGUACUCUUGGUCCAAGAGGCUGAAGCUGAUGAAGCGGUGGACGUCGAGGGAGUACAUCAAGUCCUUCUUCUUGGCCAGGCCAGGCGACAUUGGCGGCGGCGCAGCGGUGCGGAUGGGGAGCGUGCUGGACCAAGACGAGCUCUGCAGCCACCGCAGGUCCUUCUCCGGCAUCAUCCGGCGGGUGCGCCUGGUGGUGGCGACCAAGGCGUCACCCCCGGCGACCUCUCCCCUCUGCUCGUCGUCCUCCUCCUCGUCCGCGUCGACGCCGUCCUGCGGCAACACGGAGGGGUUAUUCCUCCGGCCGAGGACGGCAACGCCGGUGCUCAAGCGGAGCAGCAGCGCCGGGUCGGAGGAGGGGGGCAUCCACGGCGCCAUUGCCCACUGCAAGAGGUCGCACCAGCAGCUGCUGCAGCAGGGGCGGAGGAGCGCCAGCGGCGUCGUGUUCUACUCGCUGUCCAACACCCCUAGGAUCUCCACCUCCACCUCUGUCGCCGUAACCGCCGCCGCCGCUGCCGCCAGUGAGACGGCGCAAAAAGAGAGGCAGGAGAUUUGCAGGGGAUGACGCCAUGAGCUUUGACUGAUCAAAGCAAGUUUUUUGUCUUCUUUCUCUCUUUCUGGUUUCUGGGGCAGAUGUUUGUGAA